AUGGCUGAUGUGGAGACGGGAUUCCUCGGGUCGGCGCGGGAGGCUUCCUCCUCCCUUCACAGGUGCAGGAGCUGCCUGAAAUCCCUGGUGGGCGAGGGCUGGGAAUUCUUGAUUGAUCUCUACUGGCCUCGUGACGGUGUGCAUUUUUGCACCUACAUCUGCUUCCUCUUCUCCUGUGCCUGGACGGCUAUGUGGUUGAGCAGGCUUUCCGAGGGCCAGUGUGGCAAAUUCGGGGUGUUGCUGGUCGGCGCUCCGCUCUGUUUCAUGGAGAUCUUGGGCCUGCUCGUUUAUUUCACUAUGGCCAUCGUCUGCCUGAAGGUGAUCUGGUACUACGAUGACGACUUGCAGUCUCGAACGCUAGAGCUGCAGGGCGAGUUUGCAAGUUUUCUGGCAGCGACGGUUUCAGCCCUCAGCCGAGCAGAGCAGGCGAUUCUUGAGCUGCAGGCGAUCUUGGACUGCCUGGCCCAGGAGAUCUGCCAAAGCCGGGCCAGGGACGCACUGCGCCUGGUCUCCCGCAUCGAACGCUGGGAGCGUCUCUCUCCGAGCUUUCCUGUCAAGGCAAAGGACAUCACCCCGAGCCUUGCCAGGCUCCUACUCUUGCCGCAAGAUCGCGCUGAGGGCCUACUUGCAGUCCGCGAUGGCGACAUAGUGGGUCAAUCCGAGCAACUCGCCGAUGUCUGCUGUGCUUCGUGGACAAAGCGCCUUGGGGACUUUCGUGCGACAUCCCGUGAGCUGCGGAGGAAUCCUGUCGAGCUUACCGCGGAGCAGAUCGAGAAAGGCAUCGCCAUCGUGGCUGCCUUUAAGCCCGAUGGUCAAGAGGACCCGAACCCUUCCCUCGACGUGGGAGGCUGCCGGAUCCCCUUGCGUGGGAGCUUUGACAGCAUGAACAAGGCCGCUCUUCUGAAGCUUCAGGCCGACGGCUAUCAUUUCCUGUACUACGAACUAAGCCGCUCCACUGCACCCUUGGGGAGCUUGGACUUCGCCUGUGACGUGGCCUGCUGCAUUCCUCAUAUGUGCUACUUCUUGCCGCGCGCUUUGGCCACUCUCUUUCGGUGUGGCGGCUGUUGUGGCAGACGCGUUUGGGGCCCGGGCUUCAUGUUUUCUUCCUUGCCCUCUUACCCACGCCGGCUGGCCGUAGGCUGUUGGUCGAUCGUGCUCCAGUCGCGGCUGCACGAGCAGGUGCUGCUGAGCUUGUGCUGUGCAGCCAUCUUCUGUACCUACAAUGCAGCCACUGUUGUGGUCGGUCUCACACAAGGUUGUCCGCACUUCGAGGAGGGCACCUGCACCACCUACCUCCUCCGCAAAUGCGCCGGCACCGUGCUCACAGCGGUUUACGUCUGCUCUAUGGGCUUCUGCUGCCGCAGCAUCUCCCGCCUGGAUCCUGUGGUUGUCCUUUGCGACAUGCUUGUGCGCUUGAGGACGGGCUUCAAGAAGGUCCAGGUCUUCAAUGCUGCGGUGCAGAGCGAGGUGAAGCUGGCACGGAGUCGCGAAGAAGUGCUUCGGCAGGGCAAAGAGUACUGGAAGCGGGUUGGCAGGUGUAUUGAUCGCUUGGAUUCCUUGGACUAUACAGAGGCCAAUGUCAGCGAGGCCGUGACGCUGCUCAGGGCUUUGCAGAACCAAGCCGAAGGAGCAGCCUUCUGCCGGAGCAUCCGGGAAAGUGCAGACAGUGGGGAUCCGGUGGCGCACGACCUUUACCCUCACGCAGCGAUUCUGGCUGAAGAACAUCCGGACUCGACCGUGAGGUAUCGGCUGUCGCUGCUGAUGGAAGCGCACGCCGAGAACGUGGUGCCGGUGCUCUGCGAGGCACUGAAGGAUCCUCGGAGGCGCGUUCGGCUCAAUGCCACGAAAGCGCUGAUGAACAUGGCUGGCCAGACCAGCACGGUCGAGGCUCUACCAGACGGAUCCCGGUACCGGCGCCACCGGGAGGGGAUGCAUGUGGUCGUGAGCGCAGUGCCUGCACUGACGACCUGCCUCACCGACACUGACAGCAUGAUUCGACGAGCUGCUGCUCGUUCUCUAGAGAGGCUUGGGGAACAUGCUGGCACGGCUGUGCCGUCCCUGAUCGUGAGCCUCCGCGAUCGUGAAGAAGAGGUGCGUGCUGCGGUCGCAACGGCACUUGGCCAGUUGGGGCGCGCAGCAGCCGAGGCCCUGCCAGCCUUACUCCAAGCCUCCUUGGACACGGUGGAGCGUGUGCGGGUUGCCGCACUGACUUCGCUGGGAUACCUCGGUGUGAGCACCACGGCGGUGCUGGAGGUGCUCAUGGACGCCUUGGAGGAUCCGAGUUCCGAAGUCAAAAGUGCAGCAGCGGCUGCGCUGGGCAUGCUGAGUGCGCCGGUGGCCACCGAUGCCUUGGCCACUUGCCUGGCUGACGGCCAGAGCCAUGUUCGAGCCGCCGCAGCAAAGGCCAUCGGUCAAAUCGGCGGCAAAAGCGCCUCCACCGCGGUGCCCAAGCUGCUCCAGACACUGAAAGAUCCGGAUCACGUCGUCCGACGCUGCUCCGCCGUUUCUUUGGGACGGAUCGGGCGCCUUGGCGAAGCUACUGCCUCCGCAUUUUCUUAG